GUUGGAAGCUUGGGAUGCAGAGGGGAAAGUAAGGUGGCACCGUCAUACCAUAACAAAAAUAUAUUAGUUAUCCAGAAGCUGUUGCGUUGGGAACAUAAACAUUUUCUAAACCUAUGCAAUUAUGUUUAGUUUAUUAGCUCGUAAAAGUUCCAAGCAGAUAUAUAUAAGAUGGGAUUAGAUGAGAGAUUCAAAAACUUGAACCGUUGCAGUUUGCACAUGCUUGUGGGUUAUAAAAGCCGUAGAGAGUGAUAUUUUGAGAGUUUUUAGGUUAUUCUUUUCCAUCUCGGGCUCGUGGAGGAAGGUUUAUGCGAAAGUUGGGUUUUUGAUCUUAUGGCCGGGACAAGAAAUGGCCUAGAGGGUUCAUUAGAAGAAGCAACAGCAACUGGGUAUGAUGUUGGGUUGGGUUGGAGUAGUACGCAAACUGCUCAUCCAUUUCCUGGUAAGAAGAAGAUGGUGAUGGGGGCGCACCAUGAUAAUGAGCCUUGUCAUGAUGCUCUGCUCAGCAAUAUUGCUGGUUUUAGUGGAGAAGGUGGUGGUGGUCCAAUGUUCUGUAACACAAGUUAUAACCAGGCUGCUUUUAUAAGCGAUACAUACGAUGCUGCUGUCGUUGCGGAUGUUGGUUCUGGUGCUCGUAGUGCAGUGGUGCCUCGUAGUGCAGUGGUGCCAAAGUCUCCGAAUCACUCCAACAAUACUUUUACCUUCAGUUCUUCAGGUGGAGGAUUAAUGGGAGCAGCUGAGAAUGUGAGAGAUCCUUAUACAGCAGCUCAGUGGCAAAAUCUUGAGAGAAAAACUAUGCCUUACAAGUACAUGAUGAUGGCCUCUGUCCCUGUUCCUCCACCGCUCCUCGUACCCAUUCCCAGAAGUCCGUCAAAUCUUGCUUACUCCCACUCCAAUAUUGUAAAUGGUGGUUCUCUGGAAAUGGGUUGCUCUAACAACUCGGAUCCAGAGCCAUGGAGGUGCAGAAGAACCGAUGGGAAGAAAUGGCGGUGCUCCAGAAACGUAACGCCUGAUCAAAAGUACUGCGAACGACACUGUCACAAAAGCCGUCCGCGUUCAAGAAAGCCUGUGGAAUUACAAGCUCAGUUGAAUAAAGACAACGACAAGAACAAGGACGCUUCCAAGCUUUAUCAAAAGCCUCAUUUUCUGAACCGGACAGAUGAUCACAAGUAUCCAUCUUCUCCUAGAACGAUGGUCACUGCUACAUCAUGUGAACAAUCCUGGAGUCUGGAGGGGUUCAUGAAUGCAGAAAUGGUCUCCGUGGCUGGCUCGAACAAACAGUACCAUUGGCAGCAAAUGAUGCAGACCAAAGUGGGAUUAAACAAAGACGACACCACCAUCUGUGAUACAUCUGUUGCUUAUAGUCAAGGACUGCAAAAUCAGGAGCGGCUAAAUGACCAAUAUUGUAGCUUAUCCUUUAGCCCCAAGUUGGCCUCUUUGGAAGAGUCUCUUAACCUCGGCCACACACAGGAGAAGAGCCAUUUCAAUAAUGCGUGGUGCACAACAGAGAGAGAUAAUAUUGGCCAUGAAACUAACAAAUGCUCUUCUUCAAACGAGAAGCUACAGCUUUCAUCCCAUACACUACUACCGGUUUAUGGGGAAGAUGAAACUAGGAAUGCAAUAAAAAAUGCCCACAUGGCUUUUGGAACUCUGGGUUCAGAACGAGAAAAGGAAGGAGACUUGAAAUCCCAGUGGCUGAACUCAUUUUCAUGGAUGAGUACUUCGACACCUGGAGGACCAUUAGCAGAAGCCUUGUGCCUUGGGAAUAGUACUUCUGCAAAGGCAGCGUCAUCGUCUCAUGGCUGCAGCAGUGGCACCACCAGCAGCAGCAGUAGAAGCUAGCUCUUGCGUAGGCGGUGGCCAAGGAGGAGUACUCGAUUUAAUAAACUGACAAGCAGCGCUCUAUUACAUCAGCAGAUUGCAUAUUGCUUUAGCUUAAUUAAGCUAACAUAUGUGACUUAUAAGUCUCGAUUUACAUGCAUGUUGUGAUCGAAUGUUGUCUUUAGAGCAGACCAACUUA